AUGAAAGUCGAAACGAGCAAGGACGUGUUUACUCAAAAACAACUCGAGCAUUUGGAAAAUGAGUUCAACAACCAGCAACACAUGGUUGGUAUUGUAAGACGGGCACUUGCUAAAAAGAUCAGACUCACAGAUGCGCAAGUAAAAGUUUGGUUCCAAAACAGAAGAAUCAAGUACAGGAAUGACAACAAGCUUCAGCCUAAAGAAGAAACCAACAAACUAGAUACUCUCAAACGACAAGCAAUAGGAGAAUCCUACGAUUCCUCAAAGUCAUUCAUUGGAAAAACAAGACAAUAUCAAGAACUAUACGAAAUGAUUUCUUAUCGCCAUCCUUACCAAGCUCUCUCAAAUGCUCAAUGGACGCCAUUUGUUCGCUUCAAUUACGCAGGCGUUUCAGAUUUAGAAGAAAUUACAACAAGAAAAAGAAAAUUUUCCUCGGAUGAUGUUUCAGAUUCAAUGAAAGUUACCGUUGUAAAUCAGAAGAGCAAAAUCUGCCACUCAUCAAUUUACUGCAAACCAGUCACAAAGUUCAACAACCACCGAAACAAGAAGAAGCAUACCCUAUUCACAAUUGACGCAAUACUGGGACAUUCGACCGAAAGCCCAAGCAAAAAAAGAAAACUUCAAAAUACUCCGCCAACAAUAAGAGAAGACGAUUCACUUGAUUCGGGAUUUUCGUCAUUUGAAGAUGUCGACGAAUUGAAUAUUACUAGAACGGAUGGAAAUGGCAGUGAAAUUUAUGGCAGUGAUCCCAAUAAAUCACGACCAAAUCGAGCCACAAAAUUAAAGUCAAAACGAGCAAGGACCGUGUUUGCUCAAAAACAACUGGAGCAUUUGGAAAAUGAGUUCAACAGCCAGCAAUACAUAGUUGGUAUUGAAAGACGGGCGCUUGCCAAUAAGCUCAGACUCACAGACGCGCAAGUAAAAAUCUGGUUCCAAAACAGAAGAAUCAAGUACAGAAAUGACUACAAGCGUCAACUUAAAGAAGAAACCAACAAACUAGAUGUUCUCAAACGUGAAGCAAGAAGAUAA